AUGGAGGGCCUCGUUUAUCAACUGCAUGAACACUUCCUUCUUUCCUACUCCAACCAUCUCGAUUUCUCACAGGUGUUGGCUUUGUCGGAUGAGCUGGUGGAGUCUGAACUGCUGCUGCUCGGAACUCUAGAAACUUGCAUCAUUUCAACAGGAACUUUUAUUGGCAGAUAUGCAUCUCUUAGUUUUAAAACAGCCUGCGAUGCGAAGCUGGCUGUGAAAGAAAUGAAUGGGAGAGAAAUAAAAGGAAAAGCAAUGAAAGUUCAACUUAAAAGGACAAUUAAGGAAAAAGGAAUCCAAGACAAUCAAAACUGUAUGAAACAAAAGUGGGAAAAUCAAAGGCCACUUUCUAAACAUAGAAACAAAUAUCAGAAAAACUCUGAUCUGAUUUUGGAAGUUCCUGCUGUAAUCUCAGCUACAUUCAUACUGCCUCCAGAUGAUCCUUUCUCUUUAAAAAUGUCUGAUGUCUCCAAAGAUGAUUUGAAGUCACCGUUGCCUGCUUUGCCAUUGGCAAAUGUUUUCAGACCUGCCUCAGGUUCUUCAGAAGUGCUCCUUUGUGUUUCAGGCUCUUCCAAAGUAUUCAAUUCUGACAGUUUAUUUUCUAAAUCUUUACCAAAAGAAUCAUCCUUUGAAGUAGAUCAAGAGGAUAUUGCAGACAGCCUCUUGCCAUUUAGCUCAGUACAGUAUACUCCAAAUCCAUCAUCUACUUUUAUACCUCCAAAUACAUUAAACUUAAGGAGUUUCCGCAAAGUAGUAAAGAAACUGGAAGAGUUAUAUCCAGAGAUUACUAGAGACAACAUUUUGGAUGCUUUGGUAGAGAUAAAAGAAAACAAGGGUCAGCUUAGCGGUUUGCCCUUAAGCACAAUUGUUCAAAUGACUUCAUCUCUCCUGAAUAAGAAAUUUGUAUCAAAAUCAGAAAAAAGUAAUCUGAGAAAUAAACAAACACUUGUGGAUUUCCUGAUACAUCGUUACAGUUUACAAUCAUUUUACUUUAUCUGUAAUGAAGCCACAUUUGCAGAAUUGAAACAAUCACUUGAAGAAUAUUGAAAACUGUGAGCUUUCUACAGCAUUUGAAUUUAAAUAAGAAUAAAACAUUAAUUUAGGGAAGACCAUGAGUUGAUAAAAAAUACUUCUGUUUUCACUGUUUAUAUUGUAGUUUAUAAGAACUAGGAAUUGUAAGAAAUGACCUAAUGUUUAAUCCUUGCUUCAAACUCAAAAUCCAUUUUUUUUAUCAUAUGUUGUUAACUACUGUAAAUAUUAAAAAUAAAUGAAUCUUGUGUGGUUAAAAUGUUUAAUUGCAAUCUAAAUAGUUCUA